AGCCCACCGCCUGCGCCCCCUCCCCUCACCCCCUGGCAAGCCGUGGAGCAGGCGGUUUUAUAGAGGUGCUGAUGUGCCUGGAAUGCCACACAGCUCCCGCCUCCCGGACAGCUGUCUGUCUGCUCUGCCCGGCCCCGGAGAGCUGGGCCAGCUGCCGCAUUCACGUCCUCGAGGCGCUGAACGCCAACCCACAGCUCUGGGCACCCUGGAGCAUGGUGGCCCUUGCUCUCCAUGGAGGGGUCCGCGGAGGCUCCCUUGCACCUGGUGGGAGGGGAUCUGAGCUUGGAUGCCCCUGACUCCUUCCUUGGGGUCCCCGGCCUGGACCGCCAUCCAGGGCCUCGGCUCUGUGCACGAGUCGUGUGUGUCGGUAUGUAUCUGCAACCUGGCUUGUGACAGCACUCAGGUGUUGUCUUCAGCCGCUGGCUGAAAAUGAGCACUUUGAGCCACCCCCUGCUCCUGAACACCUGUCGGGUGAGUGAGGUGGGGGGGCUCCACUCCUUCCUAGCCCUGGGGCUUUGGUGUGCCCUUUGCCCCUGUGAGCCUCAGUUUCCUCAUCUGCAACAUGGAGCCCCCAUCCCUGCCUCGUUGGGUCACUGUGAGCACUGAUGAGUGGCCCACGGAGCUCUGAGUGGGGCUGGCCUGGGAAGCACUCUCCAAGUGUCCGUUCAGUAAACGCAUAAAGAGCAAACACACAGGGGGAUUCUCACCCUCUGGAGGGGGGGGCCUCCUCAUCUAUUCACAGGAAAGUGGCUGCCCCAGGGACCGAGGAACUUGGGGCAGGUCUGGGACUGGAAGCCAGGCUUGCCUGCAUUGCACAGCCAAGCCAUCACCUGGUUCCCCAUCGCGGCCGAGGGGUGCUACCAUUCCCUGAACCCACCUCCUGUGACUGUGGAGGGGAGAGUGAGGCAAAGAGAGAACGGAGCUCCUGAGGACCCGGCCCGUCCUUGGUGACAGGCCCUGUGGCAGGGAGGGGCUGGAGGAGAAACCGAUCGGUGAGCCCUUGUGGGCAGAAGACCCUCCUAGCUGGCUUCUGGAGGUUUGCUGGGAAAACACCAACCUCUUCUGGCCCUGCCAGAGCUGCCUUCUGUACAGCAGGCUUAGCCCGACCACCUGGGCUGGCUGUGAGAUCCAGGACAUGGCCCUGCCCUGUGGGGUCCCAGUUACAGGUCGGGGAAGACAUUCUGGCCCAACGUGAGAGGCCAAAACACAGUGCUGGGGCCCCUGGGGGCUUUCCUGGAGGAGGUGGCUUUGGAGGAUCAUUUGGCGGCUGAGCACGUGCAGAUGGGUGCAAAAGAAGAGCUCCAGAGAGCGGACAGCUGGAACCAAGACGGGGAUGCUCAGAAUCAUUCGUUUCAGUGACCCUUCACGGGGCCUGGGCACAGUUUGAAUUACAGGAGGGAUGGGGCCAGGAGGCAGCGACUCCGCUAGGUCAUUAGCAGAGCGCAGUGCAAAACGGGGACCCCUUGUUCAAAAAGCAGGACGAAGCUUUCUCUUUCCUCCGUGGCCUCUCCUGACCCAUCAAGGUACUUUUUAUCUGCUGUUUCACGCCUUCCCUGGCUCCUGGUGUCCCCCCCAAAACCCUCAGGCCACCAGCAGCUCAGGCGGCAGUUGCAGCUCCUGGUGGGUUGGGAGAUGGAGCUCACUGGUGUCAUUCGGAGGCAUCCUGGCCGGCUCCUGGGGGUGGGGGUGGGGUGGGGCAGAAGCAUGGCAGGCCCUGGGUCACAUACUGCUGGAGGUCACAAAGCCAUAGAGUGGCAGGGCUGUCUCCCAGGCACCGUCCUGCAGAGCUAAGAGAAGGCACUGGGGGUAUUUGUGUGGGUUGGCUGUGGGGUCCCUCCCAAGGGAAACACUUAGUCACCCUGGUGCUGGCUGGAUGUGGAGCCAGAAAGGCCGAGAGAGCUGGGGACUGUGCCGGGAGUGCAGGGCCCUGGCGCCCGGGUGGAGGGGAGGGGAUGGUGGCAGAGGCUCCCAGAGUGAGCGCUAUCACUCUACCUGUCACGUGUCUGUGAGAGGCUGGUGAGUGUGUAUGUGCAUUCGUGUGCGUGCAAAUGUGUGUAUGUGCAUGUGUGUGCAUGUGUGUACGUGUGUGCACGCCACAGUGCUGGGUGACAGGUUCCAUCAUGACUGCGCUUCAGCACACCGACCCCAGGGGGCAGUGUGGACCUGGGUUCGAGUCGAUUCCACUGAAGAUCCCAGGGGCCCCAGGGGGAAAAUGAGGUGAGUAAGACCUCCCUCCCCGAGGGUUCUGGGGAGGAUGAACCCCACGUCAGGACCGGGCAGACGGAGAGGAUACGAUCAAUAAAAGCACUGGGUCCCUGAUGUGCCGUUUACCAGAUAUGUGAUCUUGGGUGUCACUACAGGCUUGGAGCCUCAGUUCCUCCAUCUGUAAAAUGGGGAUAGCAAAGAUGCUGCCCUCACGGCUUGGUGCGUAGGAAGAACUCAACACACGGUAGUGGGCAUGCCGUUUCUACUACUGUUAUUCCUCCCCAAUCAUUCCUCUUGGUGGCUAGACACAGGGCAGAACUCGCCCAUGGGUGGAACAGUUCUCAGCUCGUCAUGGGGGCAACUGAGGGAGCUCACCGUGGCCCCUUCUGGCAAGAAGAUUGGAAUGGAACAGGAGGGUUUUGCAGGUGCCCUGCAACAUCUGUGGCUCAGAGGCAGGGGGAUGGAUGAAAUGGCUCGCAUGACCUUACAAAGUGUAGCCUGCUUCCACUCCACUGUCUGGAGGUGUCUCUGUGUUCCAGGCAGGUGGGCUCGGGGAGCCUGGCCUGCAACGGGCAGGAGCCUGGCCUUGCUUCCGGUGCAGCUCACUCCGCGCUCUGGGGUCCGCCUGCGUUCCCCGGGGCUGGAGCUUGUGCUGCUCGCUCCGUGCUCGGCUCCACGCUCUGACUCAGCAGCAACACAGGCCUGGAGCUCCGUGCCUGGUCUGCCAGGAGCUGCCCAGCUGGCCCCGGCCCAGCCAGGCCGCUACGCCCUGCCAAGCUGGUGCUGAACAUCUGCACAGAGUUCCCCGUGCCUCCCCCCGGCCCCGGCCAUUCUGGCUGUCUCGUCAGCAGGCCAUGGGCACUUCCGUCCCUUCCCUGGAGCCCUUGGUGGAGCCCUCACUGGACCCCCCUCAGUCCUUCCUCCUGCAGAGGCCUCUGCUUCUCAGGAGAAGCUUUGGGAGACUGGCUGGGUGACCUCAGAGCACAGUCUCCCCUCUGGACCUCGCAUCUCCCAUCUGUAAAAUGGAGCUAUCGGCCUGGACACCUUAUACAUCCCAGACUCCAUUCCGGACAGUGUCAGAGACUGGGUCCCCUUCUUCCCUCUGGAGGCAGAAAUUGGACAGGCGGGGGCCAGGGCUCGGCGUCACCACCAUCAACCUCCCCCGUGACCCCAGGCUACUGGCUGCUCCGUCUGGACACCCCGACACACGGUCCUGACUUCUGGACUCGGGAAGGCGGCCUCCCCGCUCGUUGCUCCUGGGCCGCUGCCGGCGGCAGUCAGCAGGCAGCUGGGCCUGCCUGGCCGGGCUCCAGAGGCGCGGAGCGGGUUAAAGUGUGCGCCAGGCCGGCCGGCGGCGGGCGGGGGAGCAGCCUGGUGGGAAGUGUGAGUUCCUCCCUGUCUGCCUGACAGCUAUAAAGGCGGCCGCGCCGCGGAGCCGCCACUGGGCUGUGCGCCUCCCUGGGAACCCCCUCUCGUGGGUGCUCUUUGAAGUGAGGAGCCGGCAAGAGGGAGGAGGAGGCAGAGAGAGGCCGAGCCCACAGCUCUCUGUGCUCCCAGCCUCCCUGUUCGUGCACCUGGCGCCGCCUGCCUGCAGCCGCUCGGCCCCUUUCUCCAGAAGGACAACCUGCUGACCCUGGGCCAGGAUGGACGGCAGACAGUGGCCUUCACACUGGGUCUGGUCCCUGCUGGCUGUGCUACUGGUGGCUGGGAGUGCGGCAUCCACUGGGGCCACGGACAACAGCCCGACGUCCAAUAGCCUGGAGGGGGGCACCGAUGCCACCGCCUACUGGUGGGGGGAGUGGACCAAGUGGACGGCGUGUUCCCGCAGCUGUGGGGCCGGGGUGACGUCCCAGGAGCGGCACUGCCUGCAGCAGAGGAGGACGUCUGUCACGGGCACCGGGAACAGGACCUGCACGGGCACGUCCAAGCGGUACCAGCUGUGCCGCGUGCAGGAGUGUCCGCCGGACGGGAGGAGCUUCCGCGAGGAGCAGUGUGUCUCCUUCAACUCCCACGUGUACAACGGGCGGACGCACCAGUGGAAGCCCCUGUACCCGGAUGACUAUGUCCACAUCUCCAGCAAGCCGUGUGACCUGCACUGCACCACCGUGGACGGCCAGCGGCAGCUCAUGGUCCCUGCCCGCGACGGCACAUCCUGCAAGCUCACCGACCUGCGAGGGGUUUGCGUGUCUGGAAAAUGUGAGCCCAUCGGCUGUGACGGGGUGCUCUUCUCCACCCACACGCUGGACAAGUGCGGCGUCUGCCAGGGGGACGGUAGCAGCUGCACCCAUGUGACGGGCAAUUACCGCAAGGGGAACACCCACCUUGGUUACUCUCUGGUGACCCACAUCCCAGCUGGUGCCCGAGACAUCCAGAUCGUGGAGCGGAAGAAGUCUGCUGACGUCCUGGCUCUUGCAGAUGAAGCCGGCUACUACUUCUUCAACGGCAACUUCAAGGUGGACAGCCCCAAGAACUUCAACAUCGCCGGCACGGUGGUCAAGUACCGGCGGCCCAUGGACAUCUAUGAGACCGGCAUCGAGUACAUCGUGGCGCAGGGGCCCACCAACCAGGGCCUGAACGUCAUGGUGUGGAACCAGAAUGGCAAAAGCCCCUCCAUCACCUUCGAGUACACGCUGCUGCAGCCGCCACACGCCCACCGCCCCCAGCCCCUCUACUACAGCUUCUCUGAGCCUGCCCCGGAGAGCACCGAGAGCCAGGAGCUGGACGGGGCUGACCUGGUGGGCUUCCUGCAGCACAAUGGCUCCCUCUACGGCCAGGCCUCCUCGGAGCGGCUGGGCCUGGACAACCGGCUCUUCGGCCACCUGGGCCCAGGGAUGGAGCUGGGUCUGCCCAAGGGCCAGGAGACCAACGAGGUGUGCGAGCAGGCCAGCGGCGGGGCCUGCGAGGGGCCCCCCAGGGGCAAGGGCUUCCGAGAUGGCAACGCCACUGGGACAGCCCUCGCGGGGGACCAGGAUGACCAUGAGGCUGAUGUCCGUUUCGCCUCCCAGGAGCUCCUCUCGGCCAACGCCAUCUCUGGCCAGCUCCUGGGUACAGGCUCCGACUCCAAGGAGCUCACCCUCAACGAGACUGUCAACAGCAUCUUCGCGCAGGGCGCCCCGAGGAGCUCUCCCGCCGAGACCUUCUAUGUCGACUAUGAGGAGAACGAGGGAGCCGGCGCUUACCUGCUCAACGGGUCGUACCUGGAGCUGAGCAGUGACAGAGUGGCCAACACCUCCUCUGAGGCCCCCUUUCCCAACAUCAGUGCCAGCCUCCCCACCACGGCCGGGAACAGGACUCACAAGGCCAGGACCAGGCCCAAGGCGCGCAAGCAAGGUGUGAGUCCGGCAGACAUGUACCGGUGGAAGCUCUCGUCCCACGAGCCCUGCAGCGCCACCUGCACCACAGGGGUCAUGUCGACCUAUGCCAUGUGCGUCCGCUAUGAUGGCAUCGAGGUGGAUGACAGCUACUGUGACGCGCUGACCCGUCCGGAGCCCGUCCAGGAGUUCUGCGCUGGGAGAGAGUGCCAGCCCAGGUGGGAGACGAGCAGCUGGAGCGAGUGCUCACGCACCUGCGGCGAGGGCUACCAGUUCCGCAUCGUGCGCUGCUGGAAGAUGCUGUCGCCCGGUUUCGACAGCUCCGUGUACAGCGACCUGUGCGAGGCGGCCGAGGCCGUGCGGCCAGAGGAGCGCAAGACAUGCCGGAACCCAGCGUGCGGGCCCCAGUGGGAGAUGUCCGAGUGGUCCGAGUGCACGGCCAAGUGCGGGGAGCGCAGCGUGGUGACCAGGGACAUCCGCUGCUCAGAGGAUGAGAAGCUGUGUGACCCCAACACCAGGCCCGUCGGGGAGAAGGACUGCACAGGCCCCCCCUGCGACCGCCAGUGGACCGUCUCCGACUGGGGGCCGUGCAGUGGCAGCUGCGGGCAAGGCCGCAUGAUCAGACACGUGUACUGCAAGACCAGCGACGGACGGGUGGUGCCCGAGUCUCAGUGCCAGAUGGAGACCAAGCCUCUGGCCAUCCACCCCUGCGGGGACAAGAACUGCCCUGCCCACUGGCUGGCCCAGGACUGGGAGCGGUGCAACACCACCUGUGGCCGAGGCGUCAAGAAGAGGCUGGUCCUGUGCAUGGAGCUGGCCAACGGGAAGCCGCAGACGCGCAACGGCGCUGAGUGCGGGCUGGCCAAGAAGCCCCCCGAGGAGAGCACGUGCUUCGAGAGGCCCUGCUUCAAGUGGUACACCAGCCCGUGGUCAGAGUGCACCAAGACCUGCGGGGUGGGUGUGCGGAUGCGAGACGUGAAGUGCUACCAGGGGACCGACAUCGUGCGUGGCUGCGACCCACUGGUGAAGCCCGUUGGCAGACAGGCCUGUGACCUGCAGCCCUGCCCCACGGAGCCACCAGAUGACAGCUGCCAGGACCAGCCGGGCACCAACUGCGCCCUGGCCAUCAAGGUGAACCUCUGCGGCCACUGGUACUACAGCAAGGCGUGCUGUCGCUCCUGCAGGCCCCCCCACUCCUAGGCCUGGCAGCCGCCGCUCCUCAGAGACCUGAGUGCCCCGUCCCCGGGGCCACUGCAGCUUUUGGGGCGCCCCCCACGGACUCCCUUCCUGCAGGGUGCCCCGGGCUGUGAAGAUGUGACACCGAGCCUCUGCUCUCCCCAGAAGGAGAGCCGCUGAGCGCUCAUCGGCCCUCCCAGGACAGAGCUGCCUGCCAUGGGAGGCUGAUCACAGAGCCGGGAGGAUGACGUGCUGGUGGCCUGCACCCAGCCCCACACAAGGGAACAUCCUCUCCCUCCAGGGCUGUGGGGCCGAGGAGAGAGGGAUGGGGCAGCCAGGGAGAUGCAGGUGUCGCCUGGGAAGCUUAUCCGGUUCAGCUGCACUCCUUCCAGAGGAACUUUCAUUUCACAGCUUAGCAUCCCGGUGGCCCCCUCGUCCGGAGCUCUCACACACGGUGGGACCCAGGGCACAUUACGCCCGGGAGGGACGAGGCCCUCCAUCUCAGUGCACUGGGACGCGGUGGAUGUGGCGGCGUCUGUCAGCACCCCUCUGUAUGUCAAUAAAGUGGCCGUAUUUAUGGCGGCA